UAUAGAAAAAAAUUGCACAUAAAAACUGGCAGUCAUGCAGAUGUGAAGAAAUUGAUUAAGAUUGUGACCAAUGACCACAACAUGCAGAUACUCGAUUAACAAAAAUGUCUUUGUUCUCAUUCAGCUAUUCCAUUCAUUUCUACGCUAGCCUACAACUGCAUAUUGGCAUACCGUAUUUUCCUGCCUUAAGGCCGCACCCCCUAUUUUAACAUUUUGUAGACACACAAAAAUGAUAAUAAUUUUUUUCGAAAUAUUUGUAAAAACUUUUUGUUUUGCUUUUUUGCCGACACCAUAGGCAGCAAGCCAGAUGGCGUCUUAUUUCAGCUUUCUCUCCAGCCCCCAGUCGAUGGUGUAUUGCGCAAUAGCUUGGCACGAUUGGUGCGGGCUGCGAGGAUUGAGGUUGCUUUAGCAGUGGCACGAACUUAGAUCUAGAUCUACCGGUAGUUUUUGGUUGGAUGUCUUGCUGGGGUUAUCAUUCAUGAACCUUUCCAGCGGACUGAGUUUCUGUCGAAUGAGAAGGACAUCUUAUACCAUGGGUGGAUUCUUCCUUCUCUAUCUGCUCAUGAUUCUCCUGAUGAGAUCUGGUGAUGUUGAAACCAACCCUGGACCAGACAGGAUUGUCAGUGAGAAGGAAUUCUUAAAGCUGUCUAAACUGAUUGAACCUAACUACUACAAAGAUGUGGGCAUUAACCUGGACAUCUCCAUCGCAGAGCUUGGUCAAAUCAAGGAACGUAGCCAAAAUACCAGUGAUGCAUUGAUGAUAGUCUUCACGAGAUGGAGAGACAAACAGCCCCCAGACACAGACAUCAGGGCUGUUCUAGCAGAGGAAUUAGAAAGCAGUGGCUUAGGGUCCCUCUCUGGCAAACUACUUGUUGGCAGUCUAGUCCUGAAGCGGACAGGUGCACCUGCUACGAUGUCAGGAUCACAGACUCAACCACUUUCUCCUGACCUGAUCAAGAAAUGUGCAGAUGAUUUGAAAUCCAAAUACCGGACAACUUUCUGUAAGAUCAGAGCUGAUCCUCUCGACCCUGAUUCCAUUGUGCAAUUUGACGACAUGUUUGUUAACCUUGUCCUGGAAGAGGAAUAUCGUAAAGGCAAGCGACCACUUACGUACAGGGAUCUCUUUAAUCACAAAGUCAAUGGAGAGUUUCCCAAGCGGAUCAUGAUUCAGGGAGAGGCUGGGGCUGGAAAGACAACAUUCUGUUCUAAGAUUGCCUGGGACUGGAUAACUGAAAAUCCUGUUCUCCCAAAGUUCUCGUGGGUACUUGUUAUCUCUUUUCGUGAAGCCAAACAAUACACGAUCGGUGAGAUUGUCAAGUUGUAUCUCUCCAAGGACAACCCAGCAACAGCCUGCCAGAUCACUGAGUACAUCCGUUCAAAUCCAAAAGAUGUAUUCAUUGCAUUUGAUGGAUUAGAUGAGCUUGAUGGCAAGGUUGUACAGCAAAUGAAAGCUGGUACAAAGUCAGAAUGUCACCAGCCAAAGUCAUCAAAACUAACAAGUGACACUUUGCAGCCAAGAGUCCACAGUGCAGAGGCAAGUGGAAGUGCUUCAGAGAGAGGUGGCAUUGCACUUAGAGACAUACUUAGUUCAGAUGAGCUUGCUGCUUGCCCGGUGUUUGUGACAAGUCGCCCAUGGAAGGUCGAAGAGAUUAGAUGGGACCAUAGUCUACGGAAACUGUACACUUUCAUGUUUGUAGAAGGGUUUAGUAAGGAGAAUGUGGAGGUGUACAUUCACAAGUACUUUCAAGAUGAUGGGGCCAAAGCAGAUCAGCUUAUCCAAUUAACCAAAGACAAUGUCAUCAUAUCUGAGAAUAUGGCCCCGUAUCCUAUCUACAUAGCUAUGCUCUGUCUUAUGUGGAGAGAACUUGGUGACGAAAAACAAGAAAAGUUGAAGUCAUUACAAACUUUUUCUCAAAUAUUUGAUGAAAUGUUUGAAUUCUUGAAGGUGCAUUAUGCUCAGAAAGAGAUCACAGAUUUAGACAGCCAAGAUUUCCAAACCUUACGCUCUCAAAUUGAGAAGCUCAUGGAACCAGUUGCCAAAGUUGCUUUCACCGGGCUACAAGAAAACACCCUCAGUUUCAAAGAAGGUGAUUUUGAACAGUGCUCAGACUCCAUUGAAACAGCUUGUAGAGUAGGGGUGUUGUCUCAGGAGAAAAAAUUGUCAUCUAUAUAUGAUAAGAGCAGUAUGUUCCUGCAGUCUAAUAUCUUCUUUCCACACAAACUCUUUCAGGAGUACAUGGCUGGGGCUCACCUUGCUUCCCUGUAUGAAUUAGAUCCCAAUGAAUUCAACAGGCUGAUUGAGCAAGUAGUGCUGCCUAGGAACAAAGAGUUUAGGUAUCUCCUGUACUUCACCGUGUCACGGGACAAAACCGUUGCAAACCAUGUCAUGAAAUGCAUGUUACAGGGUGACAUCCAACACUACUCAGAUGGAGAUUUGUUGGUUGAUGUAUCCUUUGAGAGUCAGGACCUAGAUACUGCAGCCUUGGCGAGGGGUCAAAUGUCAUCUCUGUCAAUAGACUCAUCCAUGACAGCACACACCAUGGCAGGUUAUGUAUUCACUGGGCUAGGUGUAUAUAAAGAUGUGAUCGAUCUUGGAGUAAAUGGAGAAUUUGGACCAAUUAUAUCACAUGAUAUGGGGGAGAUUAUAUGCUCUGUGCCCUCUCUAAAGGAUGUUACACUACGUCAAGCUGCCUUGCACAGUGACUUCUAUGCAGUUCUUGCUAAAGAAGGAAACAAGUCCAAGGUCGGACGUGUCGUGCUUAUAGAUGUUAGCUGUCCAACAUCAGCCUCUUCACAUUACCUAGUAGAUGCUUUGUGUUCCAUGCCAAACCUGAUUGACCUGACACUAGAUGGACAGGAUUUCCAGGAGGAGUUCUAUUCUGCACUGAAUGCAAAGGCGUCAACCUUACAGGUCCAAUAUGUCUGGCUUACAGAUGUUAGCUGUCCAACAACAACCUCUACACAUUACCUAGUAGAUGCUUUGUGUUCCAUGCCAAACCUGACUCAACUGACACUACAUGGAAAGGAUUUCCGGGAGGAGUUCUAUUCUACACUGAAUGCAAAGGCGUCAACCUUACAGGAUUCUUUUCCUCAAAUCAGUAAUGGAAAUUUCAUGUUCAAUGGAGUUUCCCAAACAGAUUUUGAUUCAUUCCUGCAGUCGCUCACUGGCUAUCGACGGUAAGUGAACUAAACAUAAUGAAUUACAAAUUUAUUUUAUGGCUAUACAACUUACUCCUAGAUCAUAAUCAAAUGUUAGGUCAAGCAGGGUCAUGUGUGAUUCCUUUACUGAGAAUAUUACAUGUUUUUCCAUGAAAAAGCAUGCUAUAGUUUCUGGUACUAUUUAACGAUCUUUAAGGAUACGAUCCACAGCAAGGCAUGUAGAGUUUAAUAUGCUUUAUAUACUGUGUGUGGAUUAAUACAUGUGUAACACUAUGCAUUGCAUGCUUGUAGAGAGGUAAGUGCGCCUAUCUCUGUGUGCGCGCUUCAUUAAGCCUAUCAAACCUGUGUUUAUUUAUUAGCGAUAAUUUCUAAGAACAAUAUUGAAAGUCUCUUUAAAUCAAAUAACAAGGAUCUAGGAUAUUUUUUGUAUAAAACAAAUGAUGGAUUUUUUAUUCGUUCAUUACAGGAUCUACAUCUAUCUGCUCUUGUUGAGGCCGCUUAAGCACCUACCCUAUUCAGCCUAACGGCUGUGUAUGCUAGAUGUAUACAGCCUCAACUCGUACGCUGAUAAAUGUUAUAAUGAACUCAUUCGUAUGCAUCAUUGUAUAUUAUCAUGCACAGAUAUCAGUUUUAAGUCUUACUUUCUAUCAGGCACUUUUGCUUCAUCUCCCUUCCUCUUCUCAUUUUUCACAAGUCUCAAUGGAAUGCAAGGCCACCCAAAGUUAUAGUGAUGCAGCUAGCUGAUGCAAAAAUUCUGCUAACAAUAUAUACAAGUGUCCACGAUAAACAUAUGUUUAGUUUUCUUGGGUUGUAUUCUGUGAACUAUACUGUAUGUUGUUUGCUAUAUUCAAAUAGUGGAAAUUAUGUUAAUUAUCAUAAAUUGAAAUUGUAUGGAAUGGGACUAAUUGUAGGUGUUGGUGCAGAUUUAUCUCUAAACUGUACAAAUACAUAGCCAGCUUUACAUAGAAAUUCUCGCUAUCGCCAAUAUGCCCAAAAUGCACAGAUGUAGCCUCUCUGAAGUAAUUUUGAGCCAAUGUACAUAGGUACGUCUCUGAAAGCUUCAUCUAGGUUCUUUAUUUUUGGUGACGGCAGCAAUGACAAACAAGAGAAAGAUCCUCAAAAUCUUAUCGAUGUCUAGAUUAAAACAAUGGAAGGACCUUCUUGAAACUUCAAGAAAAUGACAGGCUUAACUUUAGAAUAUCCCACCAGAAUGGAGUAUGUCCAUUGGUUGUCUAAAAAGCCAACGAACCCUGUAAUGUAGUCACAUCCUCUAAUAUUUCAGACAGGGUUUCACUCUUGCCAAUGAACAUAACCAACGAAAGGUGACGUUAUUAUUUCUAUGCUUGUACUUGCUCUUUCCAAUCACACCACCAAAUAUGUUAAUUUUAGUAUGUGUAAAAUAUUUUGAUACGUUUUUACGUAAUGAUCCAGUCUUGAAAUCUUUGAGAAUCGUGAUAACUCACGGUGAGUACUGUCAGAAAAUAAAGUACAUACACACACAAUCACCCCUGGCGUGCACAGCACAGCUGUGCGAAAUAGAUGGGAAGUGACUUGGUCACCAAACUAUCCCAGAGUGCAUUUGAAACGAGGCCUGAUGUAACGUGCUGGUAUUUUUAAUAUGUUGCUGAUAUCAAGAAUUAACCAAAGAAAUUUCUUAUAUAUCUUUGCUUUAAAGGGAUCCG